AUGACCGUUUACUUUACACAUAAUCACCGUGAAUUUGCUUUAUGCGGCUUGAACAAUUGUGAAUGUGCCUGGAAGCAUCUGAUCAAUAGUGUGCUGCUAAAAACAAAAGCCAACCAAUCGUUUAUAAAAACAAUCAAGAUUGCGUCAAGAGCCGCGUCUCAUUUCAUAAUGAGAGUGACUAUGUAUCAAAAUAAUUGUUUCUUAAAGUCCGAGAAGUUGCCUUUUUUAACUUUAGUUUUAAAAGAAAAGAAAAUGAUCAUCUUUAAAAACUGUAACAAAAGAGAAUCGGAUAAAAAUCAAUUAAAGUCAAUGGAGAGGGACAGAAAGGGAGCAAGAUCUUCCCAACAGACAACAGAAGAAUAA